UCCAUGGGGUCGCAAAGAGUCGAACACUGCUGAGCAACUGAACUGACUGAUAAUGCCUAUAAUUACAGUUGAUAAUGCUUUCUAAUAAAUCUUAGUUCCAUUCUUACACUCCCAAGGAGAUCAGAAGGGGCAGCAUAAAUCAAGGUUAUUCUGCUUUGGGGUUUUUCAGGUCCUCCCCCAAGAUGGUGAUAUUUUUUGCUGGUGGCCCUCAUACUGCAGUUUGAGGUGAGGAAGGUGUUGCUGGGUAUCUCCCAAAUCUGGAGAAAGUAGGACCUGGGGAAGCUAAAAUCCAGGAGCUUGGUGGGAAGACAAAGACGAUAACAGGAAGUGGAUAAGUGGACGUGUGGAACCAGAGGGCGGGAAAUUGAAGCCAGGAAGAGGAAGUAACACCAGCUACUGUGUCAGCCCACAUACCCAGAGCUGCUUCUCCUCUGUUACCAUUUCAGUUCCUUCAGCCUCGUUCAAAGUAGGCCAGAUGGACCCUCAGCCUAAGCCCAGCAGCCACAGAGGCCCUAGACCCAAAGCCUGGGUCCAUUCUGGGGGCUCUUCUGAGUUCAAGCAAUGCUGCCCCCUUCUGGGGAUUGCUAAAAGCACUGUUAAAUUUCUGUGAGAGAUCUGUCAUUUAUCCCUAACGGGAAGGACAAGUUUCCUCUGCUCAUACAGCUGACUUAGGGCUUCCUCAGUCUUGGUCAUAGUAUUGCGCCCACAACCCUCCAGAGACCCCCAGGGGCUCGUCUGCUGUUGCAUCUUGGGGAGGGUUGAACAGUUCCAUAGCCACUCAUCACCCCUUUGCCUCUGUUCAUCCAGUCAGUGAGUACUCACCACCAAGUCCCAGACACCCAGGGUCAACAGAAAAGUUAAAUACCCAGGAGAACAGAGUGACAGAGGAGACCCAGGUGCAUUUUCUGCCCCUGUCCACAUCGGGCAUCGUGAAAACAGGCUGGACCUAAGGAGAGAAGGGGGACGGGUGGGGACUCUAGGGCCCGAAGAGUCAGCUGAUUGGAGCAUCUGAGGACUGCCUGCAUCAGAGCCCUCCUGUGAGCAAAGGAGAGAAGGCUGUGGAUGAGUCAGUCCCAGGGAUUGAUGGAACAGAGGAACCAGACGAUCAAGUCAGGAGGAAACAGCUGAGUGGAAGACAGAACCCAGGCUGCCCGGCUCCUGCUCCCAGAGUUGUUCUUUACACGUCAUCCCACACACUGUUUAGACAGAGCAGUGGAGAAGAAACACAGACAUCCUGGAGGCUGCCGGGAGGAGGCCAGGGUUGGGAACAGAAGGAGGUCUGUUUAUUCUUGGCAGUCCAGUAUCCAAGUAUCCACUCCCACUUCUGUCCAGACCCCAAUCUGAACUCUCCCAGAGCCUCUCGACUUCUGCCCAACCAGAGAGCAUGGGGCUGGGAGCCAUCCCCUGGAACGCUGCGUCCUCCUAGCCCACAGCUCCCUAGAGGACAGGCCUGAGACUGGAUGCUUCUCCCACUUUUUGUCCAGAGACCCUUCUCUCCAGGACCCCUGACUGCCGUGCAGAGUUGGCAGAGCCAGACCUCUCAGGCCUCCCGCCCUUCAGGCCCAGGUCAUCCUGGGAGAGGGCAGAGGACCCCUUGCUCCAUCUUCAUGUGCUCUUGAACAAGAAAGCUUUUCCUAAUGUCUAACCUCCAGCUUUCUUGCUGAAGUUUUAGCCUGUUUCCUCCCAUUUCAGGUCUCAAGAAAAUGUAACUGCUUCUCUCCCUCUCCCCAAAGUUACACUUGACACAAGGUGGAAAUCAGGGCUUCCUGGCCUUGAACUUGCCCUUCCACUCACUCAGUUUCCUGUGUUUCCUUGUGGAGUGAAAGUGUCAUUACCCUCUUGCUAUUCACAAGCUCUUCGUCCGCUUAUUUCAAUGGAAUUCUCAGAGGGGACGUGCAGGAAAGGCCAGAAGUUCCUCUCAUUGACUGCUUCUGUGCCAACCACUGACCGAAGUCCUUAUUACACUUUUUUUUGCCCACACCACGUGGCAUGUGGGAUAUACCCCAACUAGGGAUUGAACCUGUGCCCCUGUAGUUGAAGGGUGGAGUCUUAGCCCCUGGACCUCCAGGGAAGUCUCCCCACAUUUUCUCAUUUAGUCUCACAAUAGACGAAAAUGGUACGAGCCCCCAUUUUACAGAUGAGGAAACUGAGGUAAGAAAAUUUAAUAAUUUGUUCAAGUUUACACAGCCAGUAAAAUAGGAUCCAAGUAGGACUCUGAGAUUUAAACCCAGGCCUUCUGAUUCAAGCACUGGCUGUUUCUUAGUCUUCAUGGAGGAGAAAAGAAGGAUGUCAUUUGUUGAGACCCCUCCCCCAGUUAGGUGUCCGGCAGUGGGAUGUAUGCAGUUACGUAUAUUAUCCCAUAAGACUCCUGGCAACACUGACUGAUGGUUUGCCUUGCUCCCAUUUUACAGGUGAGAAAAUAGAGGCCCAGAGAUAGCUUGCCCAAGAGCCAUUCAUGCCUCAGCCCAAAACGUGACUCACAAAGUAAUUGAGAAAAGUGCGGAAUGAACCCAGAUUCUAGGAGGUAAGGCUGGCUUUAUAAGCUGAAAGUUCCCAUCAGGUAAUAGGAAGGGGAGAUAGUAAGGAUUCUCACGUUCCAAAGGCCCCCACCACCGCCACCAUCAGACUGUACUCAGCAGAGUGGCAGAAUUACAGAGCUGGAUGCGCUAUCAGCUGGCUGGCCACUGAUAUAUUUAUAAAAUGUAAAUAUAUCAGCCGGGAGAUGGGGAGGAUAGACUAAAUCAUUGUUCACUAACUGGAGUGCAUUUCUCAGAUUAGCUAACCAGCAGCAGGCCAGAGAGCUCCAAGCUGCCUCCUUGGAGCCAAGCUAUGUCCAGUGGCUGGAAACAGGGCCACUGGUAUGGGAGGAAGACGUGGAGGGCGCCCAGGGGAAAGGGGAGGAAGCCUUCCCAGCACAGCAGCUCAGGGUGUGUCGGGCCCCACCCCCAGAGGCGGGGCCAGGCUGGGUCCCACCAGCCUCAGCUCCAUCCCAGGCGAGGGCAGAGCCAGGGCAGCAGAGAGCUGGGGGCCCUGCUGUCUCCACACAGUGGAGGUACCAUGACCUCAACGGUCAGGACACCAGACGUCGCCAGAAGCCCUGCAGCACUGGCUGGGACAACUCCCUGACACUCGGAGGGAAGCCCAGGCUGGACAAGCCACACCUGUCACCUACAGUCAUGCAUGCCUGCUGCUGCUCCAGGUCUCCCCCGUCCCCAGGCCCAAGAUGACAUCCAACAGCACCAGGGAGGUGCCCAGCCCCGUUCCUGCAGGGGCCCUGGGGCUCUCUCUGGCCCUGGCAAGCCUCAUCGUCGCUGCCAACCUGCUCCUGGCCCUGGGCAUCGCCGGGGACCGCCGCCUGCGCAGCCCGCCCGCUGGCUGCUUCUUCCUGAGUCUUCUGCUGGCAGGGCUGCUCACCGGGCUGGCGCUGCCCGCGCUGCCCGUCCUCUGGAGGCAGAGCCGCCGGGGCUACUGGUCCUGCCUCUUCCUCUACUUGGCUCCCAACUUCUGCUUCCUCUCCCUGCUCGCCAACCUCCUGCUGGUGCACGGGGAGCGCUACAUGGCCGUGCUGCGGCCCCUGCGGCCCCGCGGGAGCAUGCGGCUGGCCCUGCUCCUCACCUGGGCUGCCCCCUUGCUCUUUGCCAGCCUGCCUGCCCUGGGCUGGAACCACUGGGCCCCUGGUGGCAACUGCAGCUCCCAGGCCGUCUUCCCAGCCCCCUACCUCUACCUCGAAAUCUAUGGGCUCCUGCUGCCGGCUGUGGGCGCGGCUGCCCUCCUCUCGGUCCGCGUGCUGGUCACUGCGCACCACCAGCUGCAGGACAUCCGCCGGCUGGAGCGGGCCGUGUGCCGCGGGGCGCCCUCGGCCCUGGCCCGAGCCCUCACCUGGCGGCAGGCCAGGGCGCAGGCCGGGGCCACGUUGCUCUUCGGGCUGUGCUGGGGGCCCUAUGUGGCCACCCUGCUGCUCUCUGUCCUGGCCUUUGAGCAGCGCCCGCCACUGGGGCCCGGAACUCUGCUGUCCCUCAUCUCACUGGGCAGCGCCAGUGCGGCGGCCGUGCCCGUGGCCAUGGGGCUGGGUGAUCAGCGCUAUACAGGCCCCUGGAGGGUGGCCGCCCAGAGGUGGCUCCGGAUGCUGCGGGGCAGACCCCAGAGCAGUCCUGGCCCCAACACCACCUACCAUACCAGCAGCCAAAGCAGUGUGGACCUUGACUUGAACUAGAGGGAGGGCCUCUGCUCAUUCCAAUUAGAAGCAUCCAUCCAUCUUGGCUGCCAAGCCCGUCUCCACAUGUCCCCACAGAUUUGGAUCAUGGAUCAGAGAGUGUCCCUGUAUGACCCCACUCUGACUGAAUAAAGCUCCUUUGGCCCAGGUGA